AGACAAUACCAACACAUCGGCAUCGGCAUCAGCAUCGACACUAAACCCGUUCGAAUUUGACGCUGAACCCGUGUUGGCCACAUGCACGCACACUCACGCCGAUUGUCUUAUAAGAAACUGUGUUCAAGGACUACCAAAGCAUAUUUAAUAUAUUUGUAGCGUGCGGCCAUUUUUCUACGGAAUUGUGCGUAUUGCGAAGGUUUCAUUGUAACACGUAAAAAGAGGGCAAAGUUUAAAUAUUUAAAUAAAUAUUUCGAGUUAUUGAAGAGAUGUUCCAUCAUCAAUUUGUGCUACAGGAUCAGUUUAUGCUAUGACUUGAAGAAAACCUCAAAAACAAACCAACAAAAGUUAUUACAUUGUAAGAAGGAUUGUUGCAUCAUUGCGUAAUCGAACACGUGGAGCAGAACGUCAUUUCCGACCUUUUUUGUUUUUGUUGUCCUAAUUCUGACUUUCAACUUUUUUAUGGCUAAAAGUUGACCCGUCGUUGCAUCGACAGAAAACGCCAAAUUGCCAACAUGAAUUUGCGAAACGGCAAAGUGAAGCCGGAUUACAUUGAUUUGGAUGAGUAUGUGAGUCCAGUGAAGCGAUCACCAUACAACACCCGAUAUCAAAUGGUGAAAAUCAAAAGUGAACCGACAACAUUCUAUGAAGCUGAAGCAGCUCUAUCAAUUCAGCCAAUGUUUAAUGAUCGAAACACACCGAACCAUCAAUCCUUUUCAAAGCAACAAUGUAUGGAUUACAAGCCAGAUUACGGGAUCACACUCGAUUUCAAGCCAAAAAUCGAAACCAUUUACAUCAAACCGCCACCUAUCGAUGUGGAGGCCAUUCAAAAUCAAGCGACGAAGAUAAAAACCGAGGUGAUUGAAGAGGAAUUCAUGGAAUAUUAUCGUGAUCCAAUGCCAGCACGUCGAAUCCAAUCACCACGACGAAAGGCCGUGUCCAUUCGAAGUGAAUAUUCAUUACCGGUCAAUGCGCAAUACUCAUGUUACUUGUGCGGCAAAUGGUUUCGUCACUUUUGCCGAUUGAAGACACACAUGCCUACUCAUACAGGUAUUAAACUAUAUGGCUGUGACCAAUGUCCAAAGAAAUACUCAAGUGCAUCGUCGCUGACCGUUCACAGACGUGCACAUUUCGGUGAAAAGCCACGUCGACGACCAUCACGGAAAGGUUCAAGAUUCCCCGGGCAAAAUGCCAUCGGUCAAGAAAAAUCCAUGGAACCCAAAUCCAAUUUACAGCUAACAACGGUCAAAGAAGAAAAGUUGGAUGAACCAACUGUGACUUCGACAGCGGCACAAGAAUUCGAAAAGUUCCUCGAAUUCAAAGCCGAGCUGAUUGAGUUCGAAGAGACCAUUGAUGUAAUUGAUUUGGAAACGCCAUCCGUUGAAUACACGCCGUUUGUUUGGGACGAAAAUGAUUUGGAGCCAAAAAUACCGAUGGCAACCAUUUUCAAAGGGUCGUCGAACAGCAUUUUAAAGCCGAGUAACAAGAGCAAUCGAGCCAAAUUCACAACUCCAAAGGUGCCAAAGUAUGAACUGUGGCAAAAGGAAUCGUCUGAUCCGCAUGCUUGUUACGUGGAUAUUUUUCAACAGCCGAAACCAAAGCGUUCGUUAUUGGCACAAUUCACAUGGAAUGAACAGAACACACCGCCAUUCGUUCAACUGUUGCCAACAAAGAAAAUUGAACACGAUGCGGGAUCAACUGAAUUGAAGAAUAAAAAUUCUACUUCCGUCGAGUUGAAUGGUAUUAACAAUGGCCAGAGUCCUUCGUCAACUGGAUCGAAUUUGAAGAACCCUUCGCUUACCGGAUCGAAUGGCAAAAAUCCAUCGCCUAUCGGUUUGAGCGGCAAAAACAAUCAAUCAGCCAUUGAGCAUCGUGAGAUCGGUGACAUCGAAUUCAUGCUGAAGAAAUGGCAAGACGCACGUAUCUGGUACAAUCGAAGCAUAUGUCAUGCAAAAAGUGGAACAAUCCAAAUGCCAAUUGGCUAUGCGAAACGGGCACAAUGCUUCUUCAAUUUGGGCAUGUACGAAAAAUGUCGCACUGACUUGAUGCUAGCCGAAAAAACGGGAAUGCCACAGCAAUUGAUGCCACAGCUCGAGAAACACAAGGAAUCGUGCCGAUAUAUGAUUCAACGCACUGAGCCAAUGAUUGAAGUUGAGCCAACCCUUAGUUUUGAAGCGGAUCCACUGUUCCCUGAAAUGGCAAACGUUUUGCAAAUUGACUUCAACGAAAUGUACGGUCGGCAUAUCACAGCUAAGGAAGCGAUUGGUGUCGGUCAAAUUGUGUUAAUCGAAAGAGGAUUUGUGUCAACAACAACGGAAUACUAUGAAAAGUGUUGCAUUUGCUUGACUGGCGACACCAACUUGACACCAUGUCCCAGAUGCACGAAAGCCAUGCUCUGCAAGCGAUGCGUCGGAAGAAAAUAUCACAAAAUCGAAUGUGAGCUGCAGUCCACAACCAAUACCGAUGGUAAUACUUGGCUUCCUAAAGUAGUUCGAUCAAUUCUCAGUGCUAUUGCAAUUUUUUCAAACGUUGACGAGCUGAUGAGCUUUGUUGAAGCGGCCACUUCAAUUGAUUAUCCAACAAUUCCAGACGCGAUUCCGGAUUUGAAAUCAAAGUAUCGCGCUUUUUUACAACUUGUUACCAAGCCGAUGCUCAAGAAUGAAUUGAUUCCAACCGCAUUGGCCCUUAAGACGGCCUUUUUGAACCAUGAUAUUGGCCGAUUCUUUGGAUCGAUGAAACAUCAACGCUUUUUGUCACACUUGAUCUUGCAUCACAUCGAGGUGAUCAGAAAAUUUGGAACGAAAACUCAUGACGAUGGCGAAAGUGGUUGCGUCGAAAUUACAGCACCCAUUGCGUCUUAUUUAAACCAUGAGUGUGCACCGAAUGCAGCCAAAUUUUUACUCGGCAAUUCGGUGAUUGUGGUUGCCAUGCGACCAAUUGAAAAGGGACAACAGCUGCUAGUGAGCUAUUGUGAUGUUCUCAAAAGUGAUAAAGAACGACAGAACAUCUUACUGUUGAAGCAUGGAUUUCAAUGCAUGUGCGAACGAUGUUUUCAGGCAUGGAUGCCAGCUGAGCAACAAUCAACUCAACUCUACGAUCGAAUCGGAUCGGAAAUGACCGAGAAUUUUGUCAUAGAAAAUUUUGCACAUUUGGUUAGCAACAACCAAGAAAAACGCAAAGAACUCAACGAUCGCAUCCUGGAUGUGCUGAAUGUGUUUGGACGUAUGCCAUGGAAUCACACAGUUGGCUGGGCAUACGUUGUAUACAGCAUUUUACUCAGCCAUCGCUUUCAGAAGAAAUUACGCUACUGAGAGAUUGACUGAAGGCAACCAACUUUUUUUUUGUUUAGUUAACUCUCAUUUUUUUUUCUCGUAAUUUAGUAACUCAGUCUGAGUUUUGUUUUCAUAACCAGUAAUAAGAAUUUUUUUCCAUACCCAGAAAGCAGAUCAAACAUAAGAAUGAUUUCAUUCAGAAAUGAAUUUAUUUACAUUAAGUGACCGUACUGAUCAAUUUUUUGAAACUACCAAUCAUUAUCUUCUCAAGCACUAAAUGGAUUAAGAACAAAAAUAACAUUUUCAAAAUAAGCUGAAAAAAAUAAAAUGAAAUUAAAACGUAACGAAAGCCAAAAAAAA